UUAGCCGAGCCAUAAUAAUGAGUUCUAAGAACCGGCGCUUAAACACAUAGUGGUCAAUGAUAAGCCUGAAAGUCUUCUAAUCUACACUGUGUGAUCAGGCAGUGACAUAUGGUGUCUGUAAGCUUUUGAACGGUGCCAGUCGGGCCAUUACGCAGCAGGGGUUGAGGUGGGUAUCACUGUGGGUGAUUGCUCCCUCAAGUCUAUCGUAGCACUGUUGGUCCAAAGUCAGUUAAAUGACGCAGUGCCGUAGCAGAUCAGAUCAAGCACGCUGGGGGUCAGGGUGUUAAUGAGACGACCGUCGGCUUCCCUUUGAGAGUGGCAACGGCCAGGUGGAGUUGGAGAGCUAAAAGGGGGAAAGGUGGCCAAGUAGAGAUGUUCUCAUCACCUUGUAGCCCGGGCCCUUCUCUCAUCCAUAACCACCAGCUGCUCCAAGAACACAGCCGUGUCCCUCUCAUGGCCAGGGUACUAUGGAUAGUGACGGUGCUGCUGCUGCUUGUGCUCAGGUCUCCAGAGGCAUCCUCAGCCCCCGCCCAACACCUGUGUGGCUCUCACCUGGUGGAUGCCCUCUACUUUGUGUGUGGGGAGAGAGGAUUUUUCUACAAUCCAAACCGAGCCCACAAGCGGGAUCUGGAACAUCUGCUCGGGUUCCUGUCUACAAGGGCCAGAAAGGAAGAGCAGAUGUGGAAGGUUCUGUCUGAUCACGAUGAGCCCAAGGUGAAGAGAGGCAUCGUGGAGCAGUGCUGCCACAAGCCGUGCAGCAUCCACCACCUGGAGGGCUACUGCGACUGACCCAGCUCCUUACAGCCAGCGCUACUCAUAGCUAGUAAAAAUAAAAAGGUCCCCCAAGUCAAUUUCUGGCCCCGAUGCUUGCUGGCUAUGUCUUAUCAAGUGAAGGAAAUAAAGCUUCAUGACCCAUAACCUGAGGCUCCUCUCAGCACAGAUGUGAAUGUGUGUUCUGUUGUGGAACAGGGUUGCACCAGCCUUCUACAGCCCGGCAGCGCCCUCUGCUGGCUCAGCGUGGACAUGGCAACAGUUAUGCAAGCAGAAGCAUGCUCGGUACUUUCUCCAGCUGAAUAAAUGAGAAACACGUGUGGA